UUCAAGAUAGGUGUGCAUCAAGCAAUAUUCAAAUCAAAGCAAAAAGAAGAUACAACUCAAUCCGAGUUGAGUUGGUGCAUCAACUUGUUCCUCUUUCUUCCAAUUCAAACAAACUCGUCGUGUGUGUCUCUCUGUCUAUAAGUAGUUUGAUUCCCCAAUAAUCGAUGCACCAAUCAACUAGUAGUCAACUUUCGAAUCUCAUUCACCAAUUUUGCGAGCCAAAACCUCCAUUUCUUUCUCUGAUCAUCUUCAAUUUCUGACACUAACAAUGAAGAAUACAGUUUUGUUACUCCUUUUCUUGCUUCAGUCCAUUGUUGCUUUUGGUUCUGACGCAGAUCCAGUCAUGGAUUUUUGCAUACCGGUAUCACCAUCCAACCCUUUCUCCUGCAGAAACGCAUCCUUAGCCACAGUCCACGACUUCACAUUUUCCGGGAUAAAGUUUCCCGGAAACUUCAAGAAAUCCGGGUUUUCUGCCACGGCCGUCAAUUCCAAGCUCUUUCCAGGUCUCAACACUCUCGGAAUGUCGUUCGUGCGCGCCGAUUUCGACGUCGGAGGCGUGAACGUGCCUCACUUCCAUCCUAGGGCGACGGAAAUCGCAUACGUGCUGGAAGGUAAGGUUUAUUCUGGAUUCAUCGACACCAACAAUAAGAUUUUCGCGAAAGUAAUUGAGAAGGGAGAGGUCAUGGUGUUCCCGAGGGGUCUGGUUCAUUUCCAGAUGAACGUGGGCGAUUCGCCGGCGGCAAUUCUAGGAAGCUUCGAUAGCCAGAAUCCUGGGUUGCAGAAGAUCCCUAACGCAGUUUUUGGAUCUGGGAUCAAGGUGGAGCUUCUGGAGAAGGCUUUUGGAUUGAGCCCCAACGAGCUUUACAAGUUGAGGAAAAGGUUUUCUUCUGGCUAGCUUACUUAGUCAUUCACCUGUUCAUGCAAAAACUCCAACACAACAAUGUGGAUUGAAUGCAAAAAUAAUCAUGAAGUGUUGUGUGAAUCUGACAGAAUGAAUUCCAAAUUUUUCAAGUAUUGUUGCUUCUUAGAGAUAUUAUAAUCUGUUCAUUAAAAACAAAGCAGAAGCUGCUUCAGGAUUGAUUAUCCGAAUCGUAAACAGUAGAAAAUGUUUCAUAGCAGUUGCUGGUUAUGAAUAGUUGUAAAAGAGCUCACCAGAGUCUGUGUUCCGUGUAUUUGAAUGUUCAUUUUUUGAAAGUGGAGCUUGCAGACGAUGAUUAUUGGCUUGUAA